CAGCGUUGCUGAUUUUAGCGACAGCGCUGCCGCUUUCAUCGCAAGCUGCCAAAGUGAAGUCUCCACAUAUCGUGAUGAUUCUAGCAGACGACCUGGGCUGGAACGACGUGAGCUUCCACGGAUCAUCGCAGAUCCCAACGCCCAAUCUGGACGCCCUGGCGGCAGACGGCGUCAUCUUGAACAGCUACUACGCUCAGCAUCUGUGCACCCCCUCCAGGGCUGCUCUGCUCACCGGACUCUACCCGAUACGAACCGGGUUACAGCACGACGUUCGCAUUCCUGGCCAACCGGGAGGGUUGCCAGUGAACUUCCAGAUUCUUCCCCAGUACCUCAGAAAACUAGGCUACAGGACGCACAUGGUGGGAAAGUGGCACCUCGGCUACUCCAAGGAAGCGUACACGCCCACGGAGCGAGGCUUCGAAACCUUCUACGGCUACUACAACUUUGGCGAAGACUACUACAACCAUACCCUGGACCUGUUCUUCACAGGAAACAGCCUGUGCGGCUUGGAUUUGUGGAACGAAAAAACGCCCGUGAAGGACAAGUCUGGCGUCUACGCAACGCACCUGUUUACCCACAAAGCUGUGAAUCUUAUAGAGGAGCACGACGAGUCUACACCGCUGUUUCUGUACCUCAGCAACCUGGCCGUCCACGCAGGCACACAGUACGGACCAAUCCAAGCCCCAAAAGAAAACUUGCAAAAGUUUGAUUACAUUGGGGUAAAAAACAGAAGCCUUUACGCCGGUGCUGUCGACGCGCUCGACCAGUCCGUGGGCAUCGUCUUCCAAGCGCUGGAGAAGAAGGGCAUGCUGCAAAACACCGUGUUGGUGUUCAUCAGCGACAACGGGGCCAUCCCGUGGGGCGAGUGGUCCAACGCUGGUUCCAACUGGCCCCUACGAGGUGCCAAGUUCACUCUGUGGGAAGGCGGAGUCCGCGUCCCGGCCUUCGUCUGGAGUCCUCUGCUCCGGAAGCCACUGCGCGUGUCGAACCAGCUGAUGCACGUCAGCGACUGGGUGCCCACCCUCUACUCCCUGGCAGGAGGAAAUAUUGCGGACCUCGGCGUUAUCGAUGGGUUGAACAUGUGGCAGGCACUGUCCCGAAACCUUCCGUCUCCCCGCCGCGAGAUGCUGCUCAACUUCGACUCGGUCGACGGAACGGCGGCCCUCCGGAGCGGCGACUUCAAGCUGGUCGUCAACAGCUACGAGAACGGGACGUACGACCAGCGCCUGCCCACUCCAGGGAACCUGCCUCCGCGCGUCGACCUGGACAGGCUGAUGCUCGAGUCGUUCGCAGGGAAGGCACUGAAGACGUUUUACACGAAAAUGCCGGGGUGGUCACUUCCGACGGCAUGGCGCGGAAAAGCGAAGGUCCACUGCAGACACCGCAAAGACAACUUCAGAACGGAGGACACGGCACACCUGUUCGACGUGGUCAAGGACCCCUGCGAGCUUCAGAACUUGGCUCGCUAUCGGAAGCUGGUAUGGUGCGGCGAGUUUAUAUUUCCGCUGGGUUGAAUAAAGUCGCGUUG